AACUUUCAAAUGGGACCUCGCGAGGCAGUGACUUGGAGGAUUAUUACUCCGAGGAUCUAUAAUCCUGUUUCUAUCAUUUUCCCCCGCCUCUAAAAUGUCUAUCCAAUCCGCAGCUGCUUGAGAAGCUGUUCAUCAUCUCACCCAUUUUCUCAAUGGCUCCUCCCCUGUGUUUGACUUCUCUGACACCUCUUCGAACGACAACACAACCAGGCAUUGGUAUUGACAUGCAAAGUCCUGCAAUUCCAAAGCAUAUCCAAGCCAAUUAUGUGUUUCAAGGCAACCCUCUUGUUAAGACUUUCUCUCUCAUUGCGAAGGCGGCCAACAAUAACCGAAAUACAAAACCCAAUAGUGUGAUUUGUGGAGAUUGUGAUGGAAAUGGCGCUGUUCUCUGUUCUCAAUGCAAAGGCACUGGGGUGAACUCGGCUGAUCUUUUCAAUGGAAAGUUCAAAGCCGGCGAAUCGUGUUGGCUUUGCGGGGGCAAAAAGGAGAUGCUAUGUGGAAAUUGCAAUGGAGCUGGCUUUAUUGGUGGCUUCUUGAGCACUUACGAUCAAUAGAAAUCCACAGAUUGCCUCAGUAAAUGUCUUAUACCCUGUAUAUCACUUGCUUAAAAAAAAUUUUAAAAAAAAACAAAUAAGAUAUUUUGUAGCCAUAAGAAAGUUCGGUGUUUGGUGACUGCGCAGAUACUAAACCCAUCACCCGUAGGGGGUACAAAUAUUUUUACCAAUAUAUACAUUUCGAAGGAGGUGAUUCUCAGUUCCCUAUCAACCAUCAAUGUCUUAGGACAAGUAUUUGUUGGAUGAUUCUGCAUUUGACAAAAAUAAAUAGAGUAAUACAUGAAAGUUAGACUGA